GAAGCUGGGACACACCCUCCCUGCACUCCGCCCCCGGGAGGGGCGGGGCGGCGCGGGGCAGGCUGCUCCCACAGCGGGCUGGGGCCGGGAGCCUCGGGCGCCGACCGGGGAGCCGUGGGCGCCGGCUGGGAGCCCGCCGCGCCGGAGGAUGCGCCGCUGACGCCGAGAGUUCCCGGCGCCGGGCAGGAGGAUGCUCUCGAGGGGCCUCUGGCUGGGGCGGCUGCUGCCGAACCCCGGAGUCCCGGGCCGAGCUCGAACGAGGCCACCGACACCGACGCCCCAGGAGAUGCAUGACUCCACUACUGAAAGAGGCUUUGCUGAUCCAUGAAGUUUGCACUCAGCUCAGUCAUUUUGUGCUAACAGAAAGCAGAGAGAGACAAAUAGUUUUUUGUGUGAAGAUGCAUGAAAAUCUGAACUCCUACCCACGGUGCCUUUAUAGCACAGCAGAGCCACCUGAUGAAAUUACAGUUCAUUAUAGACACGGUCUUCCCUUGAUAAUACUGACUUUGCCAUCCAGAAGAGAGCGCUGUCAAUUCGUAGUCAGACCGAUGUUGUCAACAGUUGGUUCGUUCCUUCAGGACAUACAAAAUGAAGACAAAGGUGUCAAAACUGCAGCUGUCUUCACAGCAGAUGGCAAUGAGAUUCCAGCCUCAACUUUGAUGGAUGUUUUGCUAAUGAAAGAUUUUAAGCUAGUCAUUAACAAGACAGAAUAUGAUGUACAGUGUCCUCAGAAUGAAAAAUCAAGCUAUGUGCACAUGACUGAGAUGGAAAGUGUGAAAUCCUUGGUUCACAGACUGUUCACAGUCCUACAUUUAGAAGACUCUCAGAAGAAAAGAGAACAACACUUGUUGGAGAAAAUUGACCACCUGAAGGAACAGCUGCAGCCCCUUGAGCAGGUGAAAGCUAGAAUUGAAGCUCGCUCUGAGGCCAAAACCAGAGGACUCCUAUGGGCUGGAUUAGCUCUGCUGUCAGUUCAGGGUGGGGCACUGGCCUGGUUCACCUGGUGGGUGUACUCCUGGGAUAUCAUGGAACCAGUCACAUACUUCCUCACAUUUACAAAUUCCAUGAUCUAUUUUGCAUACUUUAUACUAACUCGACAGAAUUAUACUUACACAUUGAUUAGCAGAAGGCAAUUGCUUCAGUUCUUCCAUAAGAAAUCAGAGCAACAGCAUUUUGAUGUGGAACAAUACAACAAGUUAAAAGACGACCUUGCUACGGCUAAAGAAGCCCUGAAACAUGUGCGCCAUUCUCUCUACUUGAAGAUGCAAGUAGAAGAACUCAGUGAAUAAGAAUUAAUCUCACAUUUUUAAACACCAUUGGAUUUUCCAUUUUGUAUUGAUUUUGUAAUUUCCAAACUGGAUGUUUUUGAGUCUCAUAGUUCAUUUUAAUUUUACUGUCUAAUCUUUUUAGUUAAUAAAUUCAUGUAAAACAGAA